AUGACAACAUUCACACCCUCUCGCCCAAACCUCGCCCUCCAAACCAACCCCGCCCACGAACUCAACCUCAUCACCGAUCCCCUCCCCGACCUCGCCCCCGGGCACUGUCUCGUCCAUAUCCGCGCAACAGGCGUCUGCGGCUCCGACGUCCAUUUCUGGAAACAUGGCCACAUCGGCCCUACGAUGGUCGUCCGUGCUCCGAACGGAUUAGGUCACGAAUCGGCUGGUGUGGUUGUUGCGGUGGGUGAGGGUGUCGAGAGGUGGAAGGUUGGGGAUCGGGUCGCGGUUGAGCCGGGGGUGCCGUGUUCGAAGCCGGAGUGUCAGGCGUGUCGGACGGGGAUGUAUAACGCUUGUCCGGAUGUGAAGUUUCACUCUACGCCGCCUUACCAUGGGACGUUGAGGCGGUAUCAUGCGCAUCCUGCCGCGUGGCUACACCCACUUCCUGACUCCCUCUCCUUCGAGGAUGGAGCGCUACUCGAACCGCUGUCUGUCGUCCUCGCGGCUUUUGCGAGGUUGCCGCCGAUGAUUGGUCAACCCGUACUGAUUGCCGGCGCUGGACCAAUCGGCUUGAUUAGUCUCUUGUGUGCGGAGGCGGCGGGUGCGUGGCCGCUCGUUGUCACAGACAUGGACGCCGGUCGCCUCGAGUGGUGCAAGAAGCUCGUGUCCGGUGUACACACUGUCCAAGUCCAGAAAACAUGGACCCCGGAGGAAACCGCCGAGCACAUCGUCUCAGCAAACGGUGGACUCAGACCUGUCAUUACAUUAGAAUGCACCGGCGCCGAACCCUCCAUCGCCUCCGCAAUCUACGCCUCCGCCCACGCCGCAAAGAUCCACAUCAUCGGCGUCGGCCCAUCCACCCAACGCAUUCCCUUUAUGCACCUCUCCACCAACGAAAUCGAUCUCCAGUACCAAUACCGGUAUCGGGAGACUUGGCCACGCGCGAUUCGAGUUAUGGAAAGUGGGAGGUUGGAGAAGAUUAGGAAUUUGGUUACGCAUCGGUUUGGGUUGGAGGAGGCGAAGGAAGCCAUGGAGCUUUCGGCGGAUUAUUCGAGGGGGGGGAUUAAGGUGCAGAUUGUGGAUGAGGAGGAGCCGGGGACGGCUGCGAAGGCAGAUUGA